CUCCCAACAGCAUCCUUCCCUUGCUGGACCAAGUGGCAUGGGGCGGGAGAGGACGGGAUGGAGCCUCCAGGGGCAAGAGCAGGCUAUCUGAACCCGCCCCAAGCUCCCAACAGCAUCCUUCCCUUGCUGGACCAAGUGGCAUGGGGCGGGAGAGGACGGGAUGGAGCCUCCAGGGGCAAGAGCAGGCUAUCUGAACCUUCCCCACGCUCCCAACAGCAUCCUUCCCCUGCUGGACCAAGUGGCAUGGGGCGGGAGAGGACGGGAUGGAGCCUCCAGGGGCAAGAGCAGGCUAUCUGAACCCGCCCCAAGCUCCCAACAGCAUCCUUCCCUUGCUGGACCAAGUGGCAUGGGGUGGGAGAGGAUGGGAUGGAGCCUCCAGGGAAAGAGCAAAAUCUCCAUUCCCUCCCCACUCCUGAGGGAAGGAUACUGCAAAAAUCUCCAUUCCCAUCCCACUCUGGGGCCAGCCAGAGGUGGCAUUUGCCGGUUCUCCGAACUACUCAAAAUUUCCGCUACCAGUUCGUCAGAACCUGCUGAAUUUCACCCCUGGUUCCAGGGCGACCCUCAGUGAGUCCAUGCUUCCUUCUUCCUAGGUGUACCCUCCACAGGUUUUCACGCGACUGGGGAGACAAAAGACAUGUGAAGUUUCUCUGGAAAAGGCACCUUUGCAAAGCUCCCUUCAGCCCCAGAAAAAUGACGCCGCCUUCCCCUGAAACGGACAUCUAACGCUCGCCUUGAUGAACGCAGUUUUUGGCGCCAUACCCAUCCUUUUCAGGAACCCGUCGGUCUACGGUUUAUCCCGCAUCACCAACAGCCUCUUCAUCAGCAAUGGCGAGGCGGCCAACAACAAACUUUUCCUCUACGCUAAUCGCAUCACCACCAUCAUUAACGCCACGGUGGAAGUGAUCAACACCUACUUCCCAGACAUUUACUACAUCCACGUCCCCGUUUUGGACUACCCCACCGCGCGCAUUUAUGAUUUCUUCGACCCCGUCGCCGAUAAGAUCCACGCCGUGGCUCAGAAUCAGGGCAGGACCCUGGUGCAUUGCGCAGCUGGCAUCAGCCGCUCGGCGGCUCUGUGCAUCGCCUACCUGAUGAAAUACCAUUCCAUGUCUCUAUUCAACGCCCACGACUGGGUCAAAUCCUGCCGGCCCGUCAUCCGUCCAAACCUUGGUUUCUGGGAACAGCUGGUCGAAUACGAGUAUCACCUCUUUGGGAAGAACAGCGUCAAAAUGAUUCGGUCCCCUUUGGGCCUGAUCCCUGACCUCUACGAAAACGAGGUUAGAGUCAUGAUCGCUCUGUGAGAGGCGCAGCGUGGGUGCAGCCCCCUUCCCCUGAGCCAAAGCACCGCAUAAACCCCCACGCGCCACCUUGGCUCAAGUUUGAAACAGGGAUUUUUAACCUGCACGUUUUAUUCUGUUCCAUAAAUAAAAACCUGCAGCAUAUUGGAAGGGGGAAAAUAAUAAUAAUAAUAAUAAUAUAUGACAAUAUAAUAUACGACCAUUAGACAAUUGACUCCUUCUUUACUUUAGGCUCUGGAAUAAAUCUUGCAGCAAA